AAUUGCAGCCGCUACCAGCUGAUUUGAAUCAGGCGGCGAGCACACUUUCAGCAUCCCAAUGCACGAGCAGUACGGUUGGGGCUGGUCGAGGUGCCCAUUCCGAGGGCCACAUCACGCGCACGUUUGAGCUGGAGGUGUAUGAUAAGUACGAGAAGGAAUACACACAGUUCGAGGACUGUACAGUUGAGGUGAAACACUCGGAUGUGGUGGAAGGUUGUAUCUGCACCUGUGUCCUUUCUGAUGAGAAGGAGUGCACUUGGAAAUUUCAGCGGAUCCGCUACGAUGUGCUUCGUCCUGCAUAUAAGCGGGAUGUGACGUUCUUGCUCGAGCAUUGUAUUAUCCCCAAAGCGAAGUUACUGCAAUGGCUGACUCAUGAGAAGAUCGUUCCCCCGACGACGAAUGAAACGUCGGCAAUGCGGUCCAUGGCGCCACCGCUUCCAUCACCGGGAUCGACUCCGUCAAAGUCCCCGACGCUUCAUUCAGCGUCGUUGCCCACGUACGCCACCGCUCUCAUGAUGCAGCAAAGUAAUGCCCAAUCGCAUGCGCCGAUGCGGAUGUCUGCACCUUUGGCAGAUAGUGUUUCGUAUCAGGAGUUGUUGGUGCCAGGUUCCCUCACACGAGGCUCACAAUUGCAUGGGGUUUCUUCGCAACCGCACUCCAAAGUUCUCUCGAAUGUGCACAGCUCGCUGCAUGCAUUGGCGGAGUCCAAGAUGGAGAAACCGAAACACGGCAAUACGGCCCCUGACUCAAGUGCUCUCUCACCACUGCAGCUGUUAACGACGAUGGUCUCAUCGGUGCAUAUUGUGCGCACGGAGGAUCUCGAGGAGAAACACAAAAACGUCUCAACUGCAAAUCCUCGCAGAAACCACAACCAGCAGGAUCAAAGGCAUCCUCCGAAGCGUGAUCGCGAUCGUCGAGAGCCAAAUACUGCCAAUGAGAGGGACGGAAACGACAAACGAGGCAACAACCGGGCGUCACGCCAAGAAAAAACACAUGGCGGCAAAAAAUUGGUACCCGUUCCAGAUACAUGCACUCAGUGCCUGAAGAAGAAACAAGCGGAGGAUCUUCGCCUUGACAGGGAGGACAAUAAUUAUUACUGCUACAGUUGUUGGGCCAAACUGGGCUGGGAGUUCUGUCGCGAAUGCGGGGAAUUUAAUAAGGGCUACCGGGAGCGCACCCGUCGCCGCACAGGUGAGUUCUACUGCAGCAAUUGCCGGUCCAACUUCAACAAGGGGAAGGAGGAGGAAGAAGAAGCAAAGAACAAGGAUGACCAAGCUACCACGAGUCGUAAUGAGCAAAAGAAGCAGAAACAGCAGAAGCAGAAGCAGCCGGGAAGGGACAGUGCAGCCACAGAGGAUACGGUCGAGAAGACGACGAAAAAAGGAGCUACCGAGCGCAAGGGCACGAAAAAUCCACAACGCGAUGGAGUGAAACUGAACACUGCUUCUGCAGAGGGGGAGGAGGAUAAUAUGAGCGCGAAUUCACUAAACAACGUCGCGCAUUUGGAUGCCGAAAAUGUGAGUCAAGUCAAGAAGAAGAAGAAGAAGAAAAAAAGUAAAAAAAAAUCCGCGGGAACAGGGACCUUGUGUGAAGUGAGUGAAAGGGAGAAUGAGUGUGCAUCGCAGUGUACACAGGAGCCUGCCAGCUCUAAAAAAGUGGAUGUGGCUGCGGAGUGA